CUCCCUUUUGUUUCUUUGUGUCCAGGACGAUCCCUGGCCCUGGGCUCGGGGGCUGGGCCCUGUCGGUCCCCGGCGGCUGGGGGGGGUUUCUUCCGCAUCGCCCCUUUGGGGUGCCUGGGGGGGGAGAGUGUUUGUUGACGAAGUGACGUCAGCCGGGCUGAUUCCGUCUGGGAUCGCGGGGAGCGGCUGAAGCCGCCGGGUCCGGCCAGGUCGCCCUCGCCCUCCCCUCCCGGAGCUGCGUGUGGGGGUUGGGGGCGCCCCGGCCGCCGGAGCCUCCUCGCCGGGAGCCGCAGGGCCGGAGCCGCGCUCGGGGCUCCCGGGGCUCCCGGGCUGCCCUUUGCAGGAAUGGUCCCUCCCAGCUGCCCCGCGCCCCCACCCCUGCAUCUGCCAGGGCCCGGGCAUUAAUCCCCUUGCCCGCGCUCGGCCGCCGCACUAGGAUUAGAGGCGGCCGGGGCAGCGAGGGAAGUGCGUCACAGGCUCCUUGGAAAUUGAGGAAUGCGAUUCUGCCACCAUGAUGGAAGGAGAGGACGCGGAAAAGCUCCGGAGGAUUGGAUCUGUUCAGACUUGAUUGCGCUGUGAUCAGUUAGCCCUGGGAUGAUCCUGAACUUGGAGCCGUUACUUCCAGCCCGCUGGCUGUGUCCAGCACAUCAGGCAGGAUUGAAAAAACGUACAAGGAAGGCCUUUGGAAUACGGAAGAAAGAAAAGGACACUGAUUCCACAGGCUCGCCAGAUAGGGAUGGAAUCCAGGGGAAAAAAAAGACCCAGAAGACCCAACUUCUCCUCAGCCCUUGCUUCUGGCUCAGAGCCCUCUCCUUAACUCUGUUUCAGCAUCCCAGCCCACACGAACCACCCUACAAUAGCAAAGCAGAGUACGCACGCGAAGGAGGAAAAAAAGUAUCGAAGAAAAGCAAUGGCGCCCCAAAUGGAUUUUAUGCAGAGAUUGACUGGGAAAGAUAUAACUCUCCUGAGCUGGAUGAAGAAGGCUACAGCAUCAGGCCAGAAGAACCCGGCUCUACCAAAGGAAAGCACUUUUAUUCUUCAAGCGAAUCGGAAGAGGAAGAAGAAUCCCACAAGAAGUUUAAUAUCAAAAUUAAACCUUUGCAAUCUAAAGACGUCCUCAAGAGUGCGGCCACCGUGGACGAGCUGAAGGCAUCCAUAGGCAACAUCGCGCUCUCGCCGUCACCAGUGAGGAAAAGUCCGAGGCGCAGCCCGGGUGCAAUUAAAAGGAACUUAUCCAGUAAGUAUGGCUCAGAUUCCAGAUAUAGAGGACAUCCUGUCCAUCCUGAAAGAGGUGAAGAGGUAGCAAGACCCCGACGUUCAACACCCACACCAGAGCUUGUAAGCAAAAAACCUCCAGACGACCCCAUGGCCCUUGCCCCACUGUUUGGCCCUCCAUUGGAAUCGACCUUUGAAGAGCAGAGAUCUGAAGUUCCUUUAGAUCAGCCUGAGAUAUGGGGUUCUGUCCAACCAGUGAAUCCAAGCCUCGAGUCGCCAAAGUUAACACGACCUUUUCCCACCGGAACACCUCCACCUUUGCCUCCUAAAAAUGUACCAGCUACCCCACCCCGCACCGGCUCUCCUUUAACAGUGGGACCAGGAAGUGAGCAGACUGCCCCCGAGGUCAAAGGUGACAAACUACCAUCCAUCAGUGAUUUGGACAGCAUUUUUGGCCCCGUUUUAUCCCCCAAGUCUGUGGUCGUUAACACGGAAGAAAAGUGGGUCAAUUUUUCUGAUGCAUCCCCGGAACGGGUCACUCCAGAGUUGACUUCAAGGGAAAAGGUGGGGUCCCCACCCCUGGGGUCAGAAAACCCCAGUGACUCCCCAGCUGCUGAGCCUCCACGCAGCAUUCCGUCGCCACUUGAUUUAGAAGAGGUUCAGAAGAAGUUUUCUGAGCAGACUCUCGGGAAAGAUGAGAAUUUAGAAACAGUCGCUUCUCCUAAAGAUUUUGGGUUGGGCCAGAGAGCGACACCGCCUCCCCCUCCGCCACCCACCUACCGGACCGUGGUCUCGUCUCCCGGACCCAGCUCAGGCAGUGGGACGGGAACCACCAGUGGAGCGUCCUCCCCAGCCCGGCCUGCCACACCAUCAGCCCACUGCACCAGCGGGACCACGCCGCCGCCUCCUCCUCCACGGCCUCCGUCUCGGCCCAAGCUGCCCCCUGGGAAGCCCCCAGUGGGAGACGUGUCCAGACCUUUUAGCCCUCCCAUACAUUCCUCAAGCCCUCCUCCAAUCGCACCCCUUGCCCGGGCAGAGAGUACGUCAUCAAUAUCGUCCACCAACUCCCUGAGCGCAGCUACAACACCUACUGUUGAGAAUGACCAGCCUUCCCUCGUUUGGUUUGACAGAGGAAAGUUUUAUUUGACUUUUGAAGGCUCUUCUCGGGGACCCAGCCCUCUGACAAUGGGUGCUCAGGACACCCUUCCUGUGGCAGCAGCAUUCACGGAAACGGUCAAUGCUUAUUUCAAAGGAGCAGACCCCAGCAAGUGCAUAGUGAAGAUCACGGGGGAGAUGGUGCUGUCGUUCCCCGCCGGCAUCACCAGACACUUUGCCAACAAUCCCUCCCCGGCCACCUUGACCUUCCGAGUGGUGAAUUUCCACAGGUUAGAACACGUCCUGCCAAACCCCCAACUUCUCUGCUGCGAUGAUGCACAAUGUGAUGCCAAUACCAAGGAAUUCUGGGUAAACAUGCCAAAUCUGAUGACUCACCUAAAGAAAGUGUCUGAGCAAAAGCCGCAGGCGACGUAUUAUAAUGUGGACAUGCUCAAGUAUCAGGUGUCUGCCCAGGGCAUCCAGUCCACCCCGCUGAACUUGGCCGUGAACUGGAGGUGUGACCCGGGCAGCACGGACCUGCGCAUCGACUACAAGUACAACACGGACGCCAUGACCACCCCGGUGGCCCUCAACAAUGUCCAGUUCCUCGUCCCCAUUGAUGGCGGAGUCACCAAACUUCAAGCGGUGCUUCCCCCUGCUGUUUGGAAUGCUGAACAGCAAAGAAUACUGUGGAAGAUCCCUGACAUCUCUCAAAAAUCGGAAAAUGGAGGGGUGGGUUCUUUGCUGGCGAGAUUCCAGUUAUCUGAAGGCCCUAGCAAACCUUCUCCGUUGGUCGUGCAGUUUACCAGUGAGGGGAGCACCCUUUCUGGCUGUGACAUCGAGCUUGUGGGAGCAGGGUACCGGUUUUCGCUCAUUAAAAAAAGGUUCGCGGCAGGCAAAUACCUGGCAGAUAACUAACAGAACCUCAUGCAAGCAUAUGGAGAACCCAUAUCGCGGAGGACUGUCGAUACAUGGAACAGGUUCUUGUUUGGGGUUUUAAUGAGAACAAAGUCAAACCUGCCCUGGGGACAUUUCCACCGGAAGUGUCCAUUCCUUUCAGCGACCUUUCUCCCUCCGUGGACAACAACGUGUUGCGACCAGUCCCACAGUAUUUACUUCUAGGUGUAACAUUGUUAAUGGUUUUAAAAUGUAAUUAUUGUAUUUGUAAAUUGUAUUCAUUCCUGUAAGACUGUAUUUCAGGCGGUUAGACAAACUUGAGUUUUAGCAUUUGACCAUUCAUGAAAUGGGUGUAAUUUAAACUAUGGUAUAUAAAUUUACUAGUAGUCCUGUUGAUUGGCGCAAGGCUUUCAGAGAUAGAUUGCAUUUUGUCAAUAUAUAAAGUUUAAAUACAAUCUCGGUAGCGGCUUUCAAAGGGGGUGCCUCAUGCAAAGAAGGAUUCGCAGAACCAAGAAAAAGCUUUCCUUUUCUCCUCCAGUCCUUACUAUGUCUCAUUCUAGAGCGUGACGUUAAAAGUUCUACCUUCCGACAUCUGGUGGGGUUCAAAUUGACAAAGAUUUCAGUAAAUUCUAAGGUUACCACGUAUUUCAAGAAGGCAAGAUGUACCACUUUUUAACCGCUUUUUUUUCAAACUGCAGAUUUCAUAAAAAUGCACGCCAUGUAAACAGGGCCUCUUAUUUUUAUAAUAUGUAAAAAAGGGGGAUAUUUAAAGGUAAAAUUAUAUGAAAUUAUGAUUAAGAUUCCAGAGGAUGCUGGGAUCGCGGUCAUUUCCCUACAUUCACCACCUCUCCCCCAAACUGGGCAGAUCUGGAGAUUCCUGAAGAACAAGGCAGUUUUAUUGGGAUUUUAAGAUGAGGAGAAUUUCCUUAUUAAGAAUGGCUACCUGAUUGUGGACUUAAUGUAUUUCUGAAACUCUGCAGGCUAAAACUGACCUGCAUCAUCUGUCCUUUUCCCCCACAUGGAGGCUGCCAGUCUUUGAGGGAGUUCUGAAGUUCUGCCUCCACCUGAUCAGAGAACGUUGACCAAAAGUCAUUUGGUGAAUGGGGAAACCAAGUUAGGCCAAAGUUCUGGGAAAUAAAUGCCCUCUCCGCUGAACAAAAUGUUCUUUAAAAAUCUGAACUACUAUAAACUAGAAAUAUCGGCCAUUCCUUUACAACCAAUAAGAUGGUGCAAUCCGUGGCUCCUAUCUUGACCUCCCUUGCUAUGAGACAGAAGGAGGGGAUGGUCCUCUAGAUCUGACCAGCAAAUUGCAGGUUCCCAUAGGAGAAAUCCUUCUUGGGAGGCACUCCCUAGGAAUUCUGGUCCAGCUUUUCUAUGGAAGAUCCUGCCUUUCCACCCCUUGGCACACCACCCAGUUGGUAUUUAGAUACUUUUUUUGGAGAGGUGGGGGGGAAUCUGUAUAUGUGAAGGUUAUUUCCUUUGUGGAGAUCCCCUUCACUGAUCCAACUUCUCAGAAAUUCAUCAUUCUUAAGCAUUACCUGGGGCACUGAGUGCUGAAGGCCAGGCUCAUACAGCUAAUACUCAAAGGCAGCACUUAAACCAAUGUCAUCCUGACUCUAAGGUCGGCCUUCUAUCCAAUAGAUUACACUGCCUCUCUUGGAUCUAUAAUACACACAUACACACAUGUAUGUACGUGUGUAUACAUACAUGUAUAUGUACUGCUGCCUACAUACAUGCCCGUGUAUAUACAUGUAUGUGCAUGCAUGCAUGAUUUUAACCAGAUGUGAUUUCACCAGUAUAACAAAGAACCAGUAAGGAAAUUCUCUCCACCAGAGCAGCUCUGUAACUGCUCUGAAAUGUCCCAUCGAAAAGAGUUGCCUAGGACAGUGAGAAGUUCAAGGACAUCGCCAGGUUCACCAAGCCAGGAUGAGUUGGGGGGGGGGGGUUGAACCCAAGCCUUCCUGUCUCUCAGCUCUCUAUCCAGCAUCCUCGUCUUAGCUGUAUUAUCCUCAUCCCUCCCCCUUACCCGCCUUAAAACUACAGAACUUCUGUUCUCAUACAGUCUCCUGCCUCAUCUAAUUUUAAAAUAACUGUAUCAUACCCAUAAUCAAUAUGCUGUCGUCGUUUACCACUCACUGCAAUGACCUUUGGCAACUACAAAUUUGGGGGUCAGGGGUUAAAAAUAUAUUAGGAAGGUCCUCCGGAACCUAAAACCACAGGAGGAGAAACGUGAGCAUUUUGUUUGUACUUGUAGGCUCUGGUGACUGUUUAUGUGAACAUGGGGAAUGGACGAUGGGUUUCACUGGGGAAGAAUCACUGCCGCUCUACUCCUCGUUGUCCAGAGGGUUCAUCACCUAGUGACCUAGUGAAGACACUAGAGCUACUUAGGAGUCCCUUGUCCACUUCGACAGAUGGGAUCCUCAUUGAAUUAAGGAGCUCAGAGAUAGUAAGGAAUCUCAAA